CUUAAAUUGACAGUUCCGCCAUUUUGUGGAAAUUGUUGAGAAUUUUUUGCGCGAAGUGAAGUAAUUUUUUUAUUUAAAAAAACGACUUUUUCUUAAAAUUAUUGCUUCGACUGGUACAAAUUUCUAAAUUAAUAGAAAAUGUCCGUGGACAACGAAGGGUACAUCGCAAAAAUGCGAGGUCUGCCGUGGUCCGCCACCGUUGACGACAUUGUGAAGUUUUUUGGCGAUUGCAAAGUACUAGGCGGUAAAGAAGGGGUGCACUUGACUAGUUCUCGCGAGGGCCGACCAAGCGGAGAAGCAUUCGUCGAGUUUGAGGACGCCGAAGAUUUGAAUAUGGCGUUACAAAAAGAUAGGGCUCACAUUGGGAACAGAUAUAUCGAAGUGUUUAAAGUCAAUCGCGCUGAAAUGGACUGGGUUGUCAAACGUUCAGGAGCGUCUUUUGGGUCCGACGACGAUGGGUGCGUUCGUUUAAGAGGUUUACCUUUUGGGUGUUCCAAAGAAGAAAUUGCGCAGUUCUUCACAGGGUUGGAGAUUGUACCCAACGGGAUAACGCUGCUCACCGACUACUCGGGGCGAAGUUCGGGGGAGGCAUACGUUCAAUUUGUGAACAGGGAGGUGGCAGAGCAAGCUCUGCAGAAACACAGGGAAAAAAUCGGACACAGGUAUAUAGAGAUAUUCAGAAGUAGCCUGUCCGAAGUGAACGGCGUCCUGGGCUUCGCGCCGCGCACCGGGCGCGCGAUGGGGCCCGUCGCGCCCACGCCGACCUUCAACAACCGACCCAGCCCCUACGACAGGGACCGUUACGGGGGCGCCAGCCGCUUCCCGUUGCGCGCAUCCAGGAGCUUCAAAGGCGCCAAUUUGAGCAAUACCACUACUUGGACUCAGAACGGCGCCGGCGGACAGCCUAGAGCCUCGCGGAGCCCCUUCGACAUGGACUCGUGGAGCGGCCCGCCGGCUCAGGGGGGCGGCAUGCAUUGCAUCCACAUGAGAGGGCUGCCAUUCAAGGCGACCCAGGACGAUAUUGCCGACUUUUUCAAGCCCGUUGUGCCAGUUGAGAUUCAUUUGUUGCCGGACGAUAACGGGCGGGCAUCGGGCGAAGCGGACGUCGAAUUUUCCAGUCACGAUGAUGCCGUUAAAGCGAUGAGCAAGGACAAAGGACACAUGCAGCACCGCUACAUCGAGCUGUUUCUGAACUCGUCCGGCGGCUCUGGAGGGGGCGCUUUCGGCGCUCCCGGGAACAGACGACGCUUUUAAACGCGUCAGAAGAGGGGCUUUUUCGGUUUUUGCCUAACCCGUUGGCUACGAGAGGGGCGCGGGCCGAAGUUGAUGAGAUUAUGCUGUGGCGUCUGGGUUUACAUUGCUAAAUUAUUGUUUUUUUUUUUUUAAAUCAAAGGAACAGGCCGUCGUUUUACCUUAGGCGACCGAGUUAGGGUUAAGUUAAUCACAUGUUUAGCAGACAAUGGGCAAGGAAUCUCGGGAACGUUUGAGGCUAGGAAGACGUGUCCUCGGGUGACUUUUUGAAGGGUUUCCGUUGACGUGUUUAAUUCGUUUUCUUUUUUGUAAACCUUU